GUAAAUUUUUAGUAAAUCGCUUGAAAAUGCUAAAUUAAAGAAGUUAAUAUCUAGGUACAUGGUACCUAUACGUAAUAUGUAUUUACUAUACGCGCAAAAUAAACAAAACAACUUUUGUUUACAAGAAGUUUGGCAAAAUAAAAAUAUAGUAUAAACACAAAAUUGCGAAAAAAUCAAUAAACAAUAUACAUUUAUCAAACACAUUCAUUCUCAACACUCACCAAGUUUAUCUAUUUAUUGUCUGAACUAGAUUCUGAUGCAUCAGAUUCAUUUGCCGGGAUGUCAACGUCAUCUUAGUCGCCGCUGUCGUCACGUGUUAUUCAAGUUGUCUGUUUGUUUUCGCCAGUCACGAACAAGUUUUUCACUUACUGAAAAUUCUCUUCCAUGCUCUUCUGCAAAUGCGAUUACGCGCAACUUGAAAGUGGCAGUAUACGAAUUGUAUUUACCCAUAUUUUUACAAAAUGAACUUUCUCAAACUCUGCAAUUACCGGUACUUUCCACUCCAAUGCAAACGAGAUAAAACAAUGGCAUCACAGCAUCUUAUCUUCCACACACAUUCCUUCCUCCCACACGGCCAAUUAGGACAUGCCGCUCAAGGUUGGACCAAUGAUAAGCGCCACACGCCACGUGAAAGCAGGCUGUUCCAUUGUGUUUACGGCUGAUCCGAUCGCGCCACACGCCACAUGAAAGCAGGCUGUUCCUUUGUGUUUACGGCUGUUCCAUUCGCGCGUCGCGCCUCAGUCGCCGUCAAUAAAUAAGGGUGCGACGAUUAUGAGGAGAAUCUUAAAUACCAAAUUCAUUACCUCAAACAAUAGGUGCGACGAUUAAGCGAUGGCGACGUUUAUUCGAGUAAAUACGGUAAUAGUUAUAUUUUAAUAUUUAAUUAUUGUAAUGUCAUAAUAUAUAAUAUUGUUGAAUAAGUGUCAAUAAGCUACAGCCACGAACAAUAGACUCUGAUUUCUAAUUUCAUCAACAAUAGACAUUACAUCAUUUACAGCACUUAAUUUGAAAUUUAUCAUGAACUGAAUUUGUUUGAAAUUGUUUUAUGAUAUUUUGGUAUUUAAUUGUUAUUUAUUAUUAAUUCGUUCUAUUUUUCUCACUUACCUGUAUCUUGCUGCGUACAUGUGUACGAAGGCAUCCUGUUAUGUUUUUACCGCAGCCAAUCAGUAAUUGGAUUUUUAAAGCUAACAAUAAGACUUUUGUACAACAGUGAGAAAUAAGAGAAUAGAGAAAAAAAAUGUCAUAGGCAUCCUGCGUAAGGCUUUGCCCGAUGCCGAUGUGUAGAAAUUUUUAUAUAAUUUAAUUGAUUUAUUACUUGUGGUAAUAAAUAAUAGUGCAUCCGAUUCUACACGAUGCCGGAGCGUGCCAUAUGGUGCGCAAUUACAUACGGAAAAAGAAACCUCCAGGAUAUUCAAAAGAUGACAUAAUUAUUGCUAUAAGGCAAGUUCAGUCUGGUGAACUGACAGUGUAUAAGGCAGCUAAGGUAUAUGGAAUUCCCAAACCAACAUUGUACAUGCAUGUUCAUGGGAGAAGAGGGGUCAAGAGCAAAUCCAUGGGGCGCCCAACAGCAUUGCCUGAAGAAGAUGAAAGAAAAAUAGCAGAAGCUGUAAAGAUUAUGGAAAAAUGGGGAUUCGGCCUAUCAAAAAAAGAAUUUUUGGAAACGAUUGGGAGAUAUGUAAAUGCGAAUAAUAUAUCCACUCCAUUUAAGAAUGGUGUACCAGGUGAUGACUUUUUUAUUAGAUUCAAGAAGACAUGGAGGUUGAGUUUGAAGAAACCACAAGGUGUUGAAGCAUCCAGAAAGAAAAGUAUCGACCCAUUUACAAUCAGCAACUAUUUUGACAUGUUGCAGACUUUGACUGGUAAUGUUCCGCCAACUCAGAUCUGGAAUCUAGAUGAAACUAGUUACUGCCUAGACCCCAGUAGGAUGAAAGUAGUUGGUGAAACUAAUACUCCGUCUCACCGCGUAACUAGUGGUUCAGGGAAAGACAUCAUCACUGUCUUAAUGUCAGCAAAUGCCAUGGGUGAGAAAUUACCACCUCUGAUAGUAUUCAAGGGGAAGAAUGUGUGGGAUUCAUGGAUGGCACCACCUGGGGAAGAGUUCCCUGGAUUAUCUUAUGCUGCUACUAAAAAUGGCUGGAUGGAAGGGGAAACAUUUGGUAACUAUUUCACUAACAACUUUGUUAGAAAUAUUCGUGCUUACAGCCCUGCUGUACUGAUUUAUGAUGGUCACAGCUCUCACAUUUCUCUUGAACUUGUUCUGAAAGCUAGACAAGAAAACAUUGUGAUCUUGAAGUUACUACCACAUAGCAGCCAUGUCUUACAGCCUUUAGAUCUUAGUGUCUUUAGGCCUCUGAAACUCAAAUGGGAUGAGGAACUCAUCAAAUGGCAAAGAACACACUAUGGGGAAAAACUUCCAAAGGACACAUUCUCAUCUAUUAUUUCCAAGAUAUGGACAGAAUUGGAUCCAAAAGUGAUUAGAAGCGGAUUCCAGAAAGGGGGAAUAUAUACCUUUUGUUCCAAUGUAAUUCCGAAGGAAUUGUAUCCACCAGAAGCAUAUAUGAGAUGGUUGAAUUCUCUACAAAACCCUCAAAUUCCAUGUGAUUUGGGGUCAGCUCGUUCAGAUGUAUCUACUCCACCAGUGUCUGGCGAUGGAGUGGAAGCUGCAGAAAUGACACCACCAUUUUCUAGAGCAGAUAUAUCUACAGAGCCUGUUCUAUCAACAUUUCAAGAAAAUGCUGCUUCACCUUCAACUUCAGCCUGUCAUGCAGAAGAAGCAUCAGCAGUUAUGCAGCCAUCAAUUUCUCAAAACAACGAACCCAUAGCAACAACACAUACUAUUCCAAAGAAAAAGACAUUUGAGGAGAUUUUAUUAGAACAAAUGAAACAUGUUCCAAGAAAGACUACCACAAGAAAACGGAUCUGCAAGGGUGCUGAAGUUAUUACUUCAGAGGAAGCUUUUAAAAGAAUGAAAGAAGCUGAAAGUAAAAAGAAAGACAGCGAAAAUCAGAGAAAGAGAAAACAGAUGACACUACAAUAUGAAGAAAGUGAGUCUGAAGAUGAUCCUCUAGACAUAACCUACAGUUCUGAAGAGUGUGAUCUAGACCAGGAGAGAAGAGAAACAGAAGAAGAAACUCAUUUUAUUAAAGAAAUUAGCAAAGACUUAAAAAAUUUGUGUGUUGAUGGUUGGGUAAUUGUUAAGUUUUCAGGUAAGAAAACAUGGAAAAUGUAUGUUGGUCAGAUAACCAUGCGAGAACCAUGCCUGGAGGCAAAAUUCGCAAGACGAAUUAGAUCCACAUCUUCAUUUUCGUGGCCAGAUGUGGAAGACAGAAGCACAAUAUUGUUUGAAGACAUUAUUAAGUUUUUGCCUUCUUCAGUUAUUGACAAGCGGGGCAAACUUAAGUUUGACGUGUCUUUCGAUUCAUACAAUGUGUGUUGAGUGGAAAAGUUGAUGUGUUUUUGCCUUCCCCAGUUACUGACAGGAGUGUGUCAAGUUUAAGUUUUUUUUUUGGUCUUACAAUAUGUGUUGAGUUGUUGAUCUGUAUAUAAACAUGGUAAGUUAAAGCUCUUUGAUGUAUAAAAUACAUAGUGUAGUGAUACAUUAACUUUUCACUUCCCCCAGCCAUAUCGCAUGCUUUACAAAUUGAAAAACCAUUUACAGUUACACUUGCCCCAUACAUAACAUACACUUACCCCAUAAUAUGGGGUAAGUGUAACACAUAAAAAAUUUUUUAUAUUAAAAACUUCCUGAGCACAAACACUAGCACUUACAAUGUUGUAUUUUCAACCACGCUUACUUAACACAUGAAUUGUAGUCUUCAAGGAAUCUGAUCAAAAUCUGGAUAAUAUUAAGCAAACUAAAACAGGUUUAGCAUGAAGUAAUAAAUUUAUAGGUUGCACUUACCCCGGAGCACCUUAAUUGUUUAAUUAUAACCAUCCAUGGGAAAAAAUUGAGAUAUUAAAUAAUACACUCUUUGUAAUUAUUUUUUGUUUAAAACCAAAACAAAGUCUGAAAUUGCAAAAUUUUAAAUUAAUAAACUUGUAAACAUGAAGAAGCACACAAGCAAUUUCCCAUGUAUGAUAUUUACUUGAAAUAACAACCUAUCAUUAAAUGAUUCAUAGUAUCUAUUUUUUUACACACAAAAAAAAAACAAUGGUUCAAAAAAGCCACUGCCAACUCUCUCAGGACAAUGAGAUCAUCUGCUGAAACCAGAAAACAAAAAGUUAACAUGUGUUUAAUAUAAUAUCCAAGUUAUACUCAAAAGUAACAUGGAAAUGAGUGAACACUUAUUUUCACAAUUUCUUUAAUAAAUGCAACAAACUUGAUAACAAAGUAUUUAUUAAAUUGCAUAGCUCGUUUGUUCAUGUUUCUUCAUUUUCUAAGGUUUUCCAACUGCUAUGAGGGUGCAAUCUGGCAAUUCGAAGGGAUUUUGAUGGUUUCUUAACAAUCUUCUCUGCCUUCUCCUCCAGUUCGAUAGCUAGCAGAAAGGCAGCCAAGGCCAUUGUGUAGAACCUGAAAUAUUUUACAAACAUUAACUAAAUUAGUGUAAUAUAGUUUGGUAGGCUACUAAUUGUUAACAAGAGGGCCUGAUUAAUAAAAAUAAUUUUUAAGAUGGUAUUAUUGAGCUAAUAUUCCUCGAUGUAACGCAUAACUGCAUUCAUUUUUCUUUAAUCUCUAAAAACAAUUUUAACUUUUCGACUUCUUUUCCAACAAUUCUCCAUGAGUGUGUUGUAAUUCUUUAAGCAGUUAAACUAGAAAUAUGCCAUUUUAAUAGCUUGUUAGGUUAGGUAAAUCAAAAAAUUUAGACAUGAGAAUGAUUGGUUGGCUUAAGUAAGCUACAUUAAAAAUACUGUGUGAUUUUGUGAACUGUUUCUUAAGUUAUGUUACCAACAAAAAUAAUAGGUAUAAACUGUAAUGUGGUUGGUUAGGUUAGAGUUAGCUGUGUUACAAUAUAUAAUUCUUAAAAACUGUUAAAAUGAGUUCACAGUAUAUUUAAUAUAACUACCAUAACCUAAUAAACUGACUACACUACUUUCAAGUAUUUGUAGUUAACCUAAUCAAACCAGCCAUUCCCACCAUUAAGUUUGUUAGAUGAAUUAAAAAUAACAAAAAAAUAGUGUGGAUCUGUGUGAAUGGUUAGUUAAGUUAGGUUAGUUACAUUAAUUGUACUACAAAAUAUGUGUGGAUGGUUGGUUAGGUGAGGUAAGCUUAAUUUUCUAUUAGUAAAACAAUGUUACAGUAUUGAUAGCCUAUGUUAAUUAUUGGAAUUAAUGUCUGAAAACUAAUAAAUAAUUAAAAAAAAAAAACAUAUGGACAAGUAGCUUUUCACCAGAUUUACCUCAUUAUACAAUAUUUAAAAUGUAGCUAACCUAACCAACUGUAGACAUGAAUAGGUUUGCAGUAUUUGAAGUGUAGCUAACCACACAUAACCAACAAUUUAAACAGUAAACAACUUGAAAUAUCUCAACAGAAAUAAGUAUCAAGGUUAAUAAUAGGAACUCAAAAUUAGCGUUUUCAUAAACUUAUUUUUAUAAUAAAGCCUCGCCUCCCCUACAUAAAAGCUCGGAAUGUUAUUUAAUAGAAUCAUCCUGUUUAA